AUCCAUCAAAUGAGGCUUAAAAGCCAAUCAUCGUCCCCGUGGUCACCGUCACAAUGUAUCUAAUUGUAUCCUUUUGGUGCAGAUAUGGUGUUACAAAUCAAAAUGAGAAUGUGCAGAAUGAGUUCAUGGUGAAAGCUCACACAAUAUAGUGUUAUUCAUAAGAUUUGCAUACAUUAGACUUCCCGAGUAUUCAAACACAAAACACAAGUAGACUGCAUGUGUAAAACACACAUAAUGAUAAAGACAAGGUAAUAAAACCCUCGUGUCUGAUUGGCCACCGCUGACACCGCCCCCCUCGUAACCACGGAAGUGGAAGUUGUCGAAGUUCACCCUGCUGUCUGUCUCUGACAGUUCAGUGUUGCUCUUGUCCCCCCACGGUGCUCAGUGUUCACACACCGGGACCAGUAACUCACAGGGAUGGCUCUGUCUUUCGAGGGAAGGGUUGUGCUCGUCACCGGGUCCGGAGGAGGCCUCGGCAGGGAAUAUGCACUGGCCUUUGCUGAACGAGGCGCCUCCGUUGUAGUGAAUGACCUUGGGGCGGACAUUAAAGGGGGUGGAAAGAGUUCUGCAGCUGCUGAUAAGGUGGUGGAGGAGAUAAGAGCGAAGGGAGGAAAGGCCGUGGCCAACUACGAUUCUGUAGAAGAUGGAGAAAAAGUGAUCCAAUCCGCACUCGAUGCCUUUGGGAGAAUAGAUGUUGUCGUGAACAACGCCGGGAUCCUUCGUGACCGAUCAUUUGCCAGGACGAGUGAUUUGGACUGGGACCUGAUUCACAGAGUUCACUUGAGAGGCGCCUUCUUCGUGACUCGAGCGGCCUGGAGCCACAUGAAAAAACAAAAGUUUGGCAGAAUCAUCAUGACGGCUUCAGCCGCGGGCAUCUAUGGUAACUUCGGCCAGGCCAACUAUAGCGCGGCCAAGCUGGGCAUGCUGGGGCUGUCCAACACGUUGGCCAUCGAGGGACGCAACUACAACAUCCAUUGCAACACUCUUGCUCCCGUUGCCGGGUCGCGUCUCACAGAGACCGUCAUGACCCCAGAACUCGUGGCCUCUCUGAAGCCGGAGUAUGUUGCCCCCAUGGUCCUGUGGCUCUGUCAUGAGCAAUGCCAAGAAAAUGGAGCACUGUUUGAGGCUGGUGCGGGCUGGAUUGGUAAAUUGCGCUGGGAGCGUUCUCAAGGCUGUGUUGUGAGACAGAAAAACCAGCCCAUGACCCCCGAGGCGGUCCGGGACCAGUGGGACAAAAUCUGUGAUUUCACAGACGCCACCAAGCCUACGAGUGUACAAGAGUCUCUCCAGUCAAUCGUGAGCGUGCUGGCUCCAUUGGAGUCCGGUGGAGAAGUGGGUGCGACUCCGACAACCGCUGCAUCGGCCUCAGCUUCAGGGCACAAUCCCGCGGAGGCAGUGGGACAAAAACUGCCGCCGUCCACUUUCGUCUUCAGCCCCACCCAGUGCAUCCUCUAUGCCCUGGGGGUCGGCAUGUCCACCAAGGACCCAGACCAUCUGAGGUUCCUGUACGAACGCCACGAAGACUUUGGCUGCCUCCCAACCUUCGGGGUCAUUCCCGCUCAGGCGGCCAUGAUGGACGGCGGGCUGAGCGCCAUUCCCGGACUCAACAUAGAUUUCACACGGGUAUUGCAUGGCGAGCAGUAUCUGGAGCUUUACAAACCUUUACCGACCUCAGGUACCCUGACCUCGCAGGCCACCGUAGCGGCCGUGUUGGACAAAGGAUCCGGAGCCGUCAUCCUCUUGGACGUGAACACCUACAGCGGCGACCAGCUGAUCUGCUUCAACCAGUUCUCCGUGUUCGUGGUCGGAGCCGGAGGGUUCGGAGGGAGCAGAACCUCCGACAAGGCCAAAGCUGCUCUGCCUCCACCCAAACGGGCACCAGAUGUUGUGAUGAUUGAUUCUACCACAAGAGACCAAGCGGCCUUGUACCGUUUAAGUGGUGACUGGAACCCCCUUCAUAUAGACCCCAGCUUCGCUGCCAUGGGAGGCUUCCAGGCGCCCAUCCUGCAUGGCUUGUGCUCGUUCGGCUUCGCCGCGAGACACGUCCUCAAGCAGUUCGCCGACAACGACCCGUCCAGAUUCAAGGCCAUCAAGGUUCGCUUCGUGAAGCCGGUGAUGCCGGGUCAGUUGCUUCAGACCGAGAUGUGGAAGGAAGGCAACAGAAUUCACCUCCAGUGUAAAGUGAAGGAGACCGACGCCGUUGUCCUCGCUGGCGCCUACGUGGAUUUACACGGAGCGUCCGAGGCUUCUCCAGAAAACCUCCCUCAACACGGGGCCCUGCAGAGCGAGCUGGUGUUUGCGGAGAUCGGCCGUCGCAUUAACGACUCGGGCUCCGAGUUGGUCAAGAAGGUGAACGCCGUGUUCGCCUGGGAGAUCACCAAAGACGGCAAGAGCGCCGCGGAGUGGACCGUCGAUCUGAAGAACGGCAGCGGCUCCUUGCGACGGGGCGCUCCCAGCGGGAAGGCGGACGUGACCCUCACCGUGUCGGACGAGGACUUCGUGGAGGUGGUGCAGGGGAGACUGAACCCUCAGAAGGCAUUCUUCUCUGGCAAGCUGAAGGUUCGAGGGAACAUCAUGCUGAGUCAGAAGCUGGAGGUCAUCCUGAAGGACAAUGCCAAGCUCUGAGCUCCUCGGCCCACCAAUCGGAUAAACAGAAACUAACCGGCUAACCAGCUCCUCUUCCUCCGUCUGCCUUUUCUCCUCCUGAGUUGUGUGUGUCCUGACAUGCUUUAGCCGGUCAAGAAAAACGCUUACCCCCCCCCCCCCCCCCCCCCCCCCCCCCACCCCCCCACACUGCCAAGUAAGAUCACUGCUGCUUCAGAAUGAAUUAUCUCUUAUAUAUUAACUUUCACUGAAGCUGCAGAAUGGACAGACUAUUUGAGGCGAAUCAAGGUUUUCUUCUUUAUUCCACGGGUCCUUAUGAUCCGUCCCUGCUUAAUGUGCAUUUAACACAAAUUCCCUUUUUUUUUUAUAGAUUUGAUUAAAUCAUACUAAUUGUUUAUUAAAUAAGCUAUUAGGAGGAACAAGCGUCUACUACAGGGAACCAGAAUUCCUCACCAUUGGGGCGAAUGUACCGGAUGAAGUGAUGACGGCAACAAUCUGAACCGUUCUAAAGCUCGGGGAAAUAACCACCUCCUUUUUUUUUCCCAGCAUACCCAUCGAUCAGCCAAAAAGCCAUUGGGAUAUUUGGCUCAGUUACGCCACAUGUAACUGAGCCUGUGAGAUGUAUAAUAAUGUAGAGUUAGCUAAUUAUGCAAAAUAAUGAUUUUCACUUUGUUUUUCAUGUGUAUUCUGUAAUUGUAAGGGAAUUCAAUGCAAAUAAAGUAAUUCAGAUACAAAGCU